AUGCCCCUCGAUUUUGUAAGCUUCGACCUCCUCACAACAACCGCCAACAACAACCUUUCGAAGCAAACUCCCCCGGACAAUCACAACACCACAAAUUUUGAUUCAACAACAACAACAUCACACCAUUCAACCCUCAUCUCCGCGAUCUCAAACCCACCGCCACGUCACCUCCUCCGACGAAUCACCGAUUACCUCCACCAUCCUCGUCUGCCUGGCGCUAACGAAGCACCACUAUACCGGUCGCACGCUGCCGUAUGCAUCGAGUCCGGCGAAGCCCAUCGCCAUUUCCCUGUGACGCAGCGCCAUGUUCAUCACUGCUCUGGAAUCAGGUCUGGUUUUCUUUUUGAGUUAUGA